ACGAAUUUUCUUGUAACAACGAUGGCGGAAGAAAAGCUAAUUAAUUUAGUUCGUCUACACGAGUGUUUAUACAAUAUAAAAUCGCGUCACUACAGUGACCAACACAUGAAAAAUAAUGCGUGGGAGCAAAUCGCCAAAGAAUUCAAUAAAACACCUCAAGAAUGCCUCAAGAUGUGGACGAACAUCAGAAACAACUAUCGAAAAGCGAUAAAAAAUAGAACAAGCAAAAGUGGUGAUUCUGCAAAGCCACAAAGGCCAAUAAAACACGAAAGAGAACUCCAAUUCUUAACUACAUUUUUACAAAAUAGAGCACAGGUAUCUAAUUUAGAUUCGUCUUCCGAGGACACACAAGAUUCUUUCUUGGAUUCUCUUCAAUCACGGCCACAAUCACAAAUGUCACAUUCAGAUUCACAAAACUCGCGUCCUCGAUCACAAAACAUAACCACAGCUGAGAUAUUAAAAAAUUAUAUAGAUUCUAAAAAUAACGAAGAUGAACAUCCUAUAGAUAUAUUUUUUAAAUCAAUGUCUGCUACAGUAAAAUCUUUACCGAAAAAGUUGCAACUUCAAGUGAAAAGAGAUGUAUUGCUUAUUGUUAAUAAGGCAGAAAUCGAAUAUUCAGAAAUGUUAGAAGCACCACAGCAUAUUGAAACAACAAGAUCUAUUAAUGAACCAUCCACAUCGAAACAAAAACCUCCUGUGAAUCAAUCAAACUACACCAUGGACGAUUUUUCUUAUUACACACCCCAAGCAACAUCCGUAAAUAACGAGGACAACAUACAUUCAACAUUGAAAUAUACACCGACACCCAUACCUAGAUGCCAAGACCAAAACAUUGAAAUCAGUGAUUACCAGAAUAUUGAAACCAAUGAUUACCAGAAUUUGUAAUUUCUUUAACAUAUUAUUACCUGCAGCAAAGCUAAUGUGAUUAAAAAUAAAGAUAUGACUCCAAUGUCAUCAACAAUCGCUCCACGACGACAGUUCUAUGACCGGCGCAGCAUGAAAUAUAGAUUCAGACGAAAUAGUAAUGUAGUCUGCGAUCUGAAGUCACCAUUCGAAUCAUACCUGUACGAGUAUAUGUGAAUUAAAAAAUAAUAAAUAUGAUUAUUAACACAUUAAAGUAUUGUUUAUUAUUAACUAACUAAGGGAACUAUUUAAUUUUCCGGGAUAAAAAGUAGCUUAUGUCACUCUCCAGGUCCUCAACUAUACCCAAUCAAAAAAUCACGUCAAUCCGUGGCUUUCUUGCAGCGUGAUUGAAGGACAAACCAACAAACACACUUUCGCAUU